AUGCGGCGAGCCUCCAACGUUCCCACGAGCUUCAAUAUCAAUAGAUUGAGACAGUCCUUCAGGAAAGGGGCGCUACAAAUCAGCAACUCGAUCAGAGAAGAAGCUCGACACGGGCUUGAUCGCGUACGAAAGGUCCCCAGAUGGGUACGGAUAUUACAAACGGUCUACCAUGAUUAUGGCCUGAAACACAUCUGCUUAUUGGCCAUCCUCGUGCUCUAUCAAUUUUUUGGAGCCGCCGUUUUUUAUUACUACGAAGCAGACGCCGAUGAGCGGAAGGAGAACGAAUGGGUUGAUGAGAUCCGCUUCAAUCGGACACGGCUGGUAGCUCGAAUUGUGCCACUGUUGUUCAACAAUUCGGAAUAUCUGUUCUUCCUCACCCAAAACCAAACAGACGAUGUGAUUGAGAAGCUGUCGCUGGAAUUGAUCGACUAUGAGCAACAGCUUGGCAUCAAGCAUACUGACCAGAAAAUUAAAUGGGACUUUUGGAAUGCGAUGCUGUAUGCGCAGACAAUCUGCACAACGAUUGGCUAUGGUCAUCUUUAUGCUACGACCUUCGAAGGCCGACUUUUUACGAUGGUCUACGCAAUUUUCGGGAUUCCCCUCGUCCUCUCGAUUCUUGACGAUCUAGGCAAACUCCUAACCAGAUGCCUAAAAACCCCUUGGUGGUUGGUGAAAUGCUUCUGCAGACGAGCUUUCCGAUAUUGCACCAAGCAGACGAUGGAAGAGAUCAGGAAGCUAGAUAAUGACGACAAAAGAGACCUCGAAAUUUUCGACCUACCAGUUCCCAUUGCCAUUAGCGUUGUUAUAGCCUGGAUUUUCAUUUGCUCGGCCACAUUUUGCAUCUGGGAGAGCGAAUGGGAUUAUUUUGUUGCGUUUUAUUUCUUUUUUAUCUCGUUGAGUACAAUUGGGCUUGGGGAUAUUACGCCAACCGAGCCGAAGUAUCUGUUGAUGCUAUUCAUUUACAUCAUCAUCGGGCUUUCAUUGGUCUCAAUGUGUAUCAACUUGAUUCAGGCAAAGCUAGAGCGAACAUAUGAAGCGGGUCGUAUACGUGAGUACCCAUGUUUUGAUCGUGAUGGCGGCCUGCUGCUAGAUGUUGGUCGAGUUGGGCAUGAGAGGCAUGUCAAGAGGAGGGGCAGCGCUUUAGGAGUUUUCCGAACAUCCAGCUCUAACCAUUCCAUAACACGCGAAGCCGUGCAAAGUGCGUUGGCCGCGAAGAGGAGAUAUAACAAAACCUGCCAAACGGUGCUCUCAUUUCCGGAAUCAACGAACGGAAGCUUAGCCGUGACGAGGAGCAUUCGGAAUGCCGGAAUGAAAUUUCUCCCCAGGACGUUGUCCAUUGACGAUGUAAUGCGUUUGGUGGACACCGAGGAAGGCGACAUUCUUAUCUUGACUGAGCUGAUUCGUGAAGAGUCAGGCAUCAGCACGACGAGCAACACUAUCAGUGACAUUAGCGGCAGUGGAAGCCAGAUUGUGAUUUCAAAGUCCUUCGACACAAACUUUUCCACAAGCCGCCCGUUGACCGCAUCGAAAAACCUACCUUCCAUUCAGUCGCUGAACGAGAUUGAGCAACUGGAGGAAAUGGAAGACCGAAUAGCACUUGGACAUGCCGCGCAAAUCGCCUCAUCUGUACAAUUUCGGUCGAGGCUUUCCCUCAUUGCUGAACAACAUUCGGUGAUCGAAGAAGGCGAGGAAAGCCUGGCAAGUUCAGGUGAAAAAGACCCACUGGCCCUAUCACCCGGGUCAAACACAGACUCUUCACCAUCGAGCAGAAGGAAACCGCUAGACGUGCGAAAGGCGGCGCUCAGCCACAUACUGAGGCGGAAGAGUUCUCGUGAGAGCAACAAAAGCAAGCAAUCCUCAACGAGC